AUGCCUGUGGUCCCGAUGAAUGAGUUUUGCACUCCUGAGGAACACUUUCAGGGCCAAAUCCAGGCCCAGGGCCCAGUGGAGGCGCAGCUCCUGGGGGUGGGGGCGGAGGAUGCCUCAACCCCUCUGGCCACCUCCCCUCCAAUCUCAUCUUCCUCUGCCGCCCUGGAUGCAGAGAUCUUUCUCAAGCAGACUCUGAAUGUGAUGGUGGCUGAUCUAGUCGAGAUCGUGUUCCUCAAGUAUGGCACCAAGGAGCCGAUUUUCCAGACUGAAAUGCUGAAUACAGUCCUCAGGGAUAACCAGGCCCACUUCCCUGUGGUCUUUCAUAAAGCCACACAGUGCUUGCAGUUGGUCUUUGGCCUGGAUAUAAAAGAGGUGGACCAUAGAGAGCACAUCUAUGUCAUGAUCCCCACCCUGGGCCGCCUCACACUCAAUGACAUGCAGAGGGAUGGGCAGAGUAUGCCAAAGGCUGGCCUACUGGUUUCCGCCCUGACCCUGAUUCUCCUAGCAGGGGACUGGGUCUGUGAGGAGAAAGUCUGGGGAGAACUCAGCAGAAUGGGGGCAUUUGCUGGGAUGCAGCACUACGUCUAUGGGGAGCCCAAGGAGCUGCUGACCCAAAUAUGGGUGCAGGCGGGGUACCUGCAGUACUAUCAGGUGCCUCACAGCCACCCUGCUCACUAUGAGUUCCUGUGGGGUACCAGGGCCUAUGCAGAGACCAGCAAGCAGCAAGUCAAGGACUAUCUGCACAGGGUCAAUGGAAGGGGUCCCGGGUUCUUCCCACCCUGGUGUGCAGAGGUGUGA